CCGUCACCACCCUUAUAUCUGUGCGGCACCACAGACCUCCGCAAAAUGCCUAAAUACAACCCCGACGAAUGGAUCGCCCAGCUGAUGCAGUGCCAGCACCUACCCGAGGGCGACAUGAAGCUCCUCUGCGAGCGCGUGCGCUCGCUCCUCGUCGAGGAAUCCAACAUUCAGCCCGUGCGCAGCCCAGUCACGAUCUGCGGGGAUAUACACGGACAGUUCUGGGACCUGCUCGAGCUGCUGCGAAAGGGCGGGCGGGUGCCCGAGACGAGCUACAUAUUCAUGGGGGACUUUGUGGAUCGGGGGCACUACAGCCUUGAGACAGUGUCGUUGUUGUUCGCUCUCAAAGCAAGGUAUCCAGACAAAGUAACGUUACUGCGCGGAAACCAUGAAAGUCGGCAGAUCACGCAAGUCUAUGGUUUUUAUGACGAGUGUCAGCAGAAGUAUGGAAGUGCAGCUGUUUGGAAAGCCUGCUGUAACGUGUUCGACUACCUCAAUUUGGCUGCCAUAAUAGACGGCGAGAUCCUGUGCGUACACGGAGGGCUCUCGCCAGACAUCCGAUCGCUGGACCAGAUACGGGUCCUAUCGCGAGCCCAAGAGAUACCUCAUGAGGGCGCGUUCUGCGACCUGAUGUGGUCAGAUCCAGAAGACAUCGACAACUGGGCCGUCAGCCCGCGCGGUGCAGGAUGGCUAUUCGGAGGUGGCGUGACGACAGAGUUCAACCACGUCAAUGGCCUUUCGCUUAUAGCGCGCGCACACCAACUCGUUCAAGAGGGCUACAAAUACAUGUUCGACGAAGCGCUCGUCACUGUCUGGAGCGCGCCCAACUACUGCUACCGCUGUGGCAAUAUGGCGUCGAUACUGACAAUCAAGGAGGACGGUGAGAAGAUCUUCACGGAAUACGGUGCUGCGGAGGAGAACGAACGGGAUAAGGGGAUGCAGACGCGGAAGAUGGCUAUGCCUUAUUUUGUCUGAAUGGUAGAGGAGACAGGUGUCCUCGUUCAUGCUCAUGUCACGCUUCGAUACCUCAGUUUCAUUUUUAUUGUACCAUGAUAUGAUAUUGUCACUAUUACCGUAAACGAG